AUGAGCAAAACGACAAUGAUGAUAUGGCGCCACCAAACGUGGUGCUACUACUGCUGCUGCUGCUGGUGCUGGUGGGGUGGUGGUGGUGGUGGUGGUGGUGGUGGUGGUGGUGGUGGUGGUGGUGGUGGUGGUGGUGGUGGUGGUGGUGGUGGUGGUGGUGGUGGUGGUGGUGGUGGUGGUGGUGGUGGUGGUGGUGGUGGUGGUGGUGGUGGUGGUGGUGGUGGUGGUGGUGGCGGCGGUGGUGGUGGUGGUGGUGGUGGUGGGUUAAAGCGUCAAGCAGGCUGCGUCUCCCUUGCCCCGCGGGUCCCCCAUCCACACCCCACACCCCACGCCGCCAUUCCCGUGACGAACGACCUGCUUGGUGGUUUUGAGGCACUCGUCCUUCUGGCUGAUGUUGAACCCUGA